CUGCGACCAGCACGAAUCGCAACCGCGAGUAAAAUGGAGGGGCGCCCCCGCGGCGGCGGCGGCGGCGGGCGGACGGCGAUGGACUACUCGCUGGCGGCGCUGAAGCUGCUGGCCUCGCAGCUGGAGGGCUCCACCACGGCCCCCUCCUCCGAGGGCUCCUCCCCCGCGCAGAUGCUCUUCGGCAUCCGCUUCCAGCGCGCCUGGAUCCAGGGCGUGAUCCUGCGCGUGGACUACAGCGCCGGCGACAACGGGAGGCUGUUCGUGGAUGACGGCUCCUGCGUCACCGAGUUCAUGCUCCGAUCCGAGGAUGCCAAGGGCCAGCCCUGGCGCCCAGGGAUGUAUGUGCUGAUUAUUGGGGCAUAUAUUGCACCCGACUCUACGGAAAAUCUGCCAGCGGUCAAGGUGCACAAGAUAGUGGAUCUCUCGGCGCAGCCGGACCGUGAAGCGAUGUGGUACAUGGAAGUCGCCGAGGCUUACAACUUCUUCUACGAGGCCGAUGCCUCUGGUGUCGGCUCACCGUCAUGAGCACUCUUAACACCUUGCCCCCUCCUGAUGGUUCGUGUCACUGUAGCACUCGUAGCACUGCUGCCACUCUGUACCCGUGCUCGUUACCUUGUUCUAGGCCGCCCGCUGGUAACUCAGAGAGGCCCUUUUGGUGCUGCGAAUUGUUUCAGGGUUAUCUCGGAUGAACGUUGGAGCACGUCCAAAUUCCAACAGCGAGAAAAUUGACUGGAAUCUCCCAACAUUUCAUGCGACUGAUUCUUGAUGUCUCUUGCAGUCUCGUGUUGGGCCGCCGCUAGUGGUUCUGUUGAUGACUUAAUGUUUCUUGCAUCAGGAUUCGCUUGGGUUGCAUCAAUUUUGUGAACCCGUUAUGGUUUGAGUUCA